AUUGAAACGAGUGCACUAUAUCAGAGCUUUUGCAAAUGCGGAGUAGAAAUCAUCCAUAGACUUUGAAGCUGACAUUUUUUUUUUUUCUUUCUUUCUGUUUGACCUCUCUUUCCCCUCUUUCUUACUAUUGUUUUCUAAAAAAAAAUAAUGUCAAAAUUUUCACAAUUUCGUGAAGGCAUUGAAAAGGCAAUAAACACUUGUCUCUCAGCUACUAGCGAAUAUAGACAAAACAACGUUAAUGCAGAACCACCAACAUCAUUUAUUGAGUCACUUGUAACUCAACACAUUUCACCAUUAACUGGGCAAGAAAAUAGUCUACAGAUUCCAAUUGUAGAAGGAAAGCCUGAUUGGCGUAAAAGUGCAACAGAACUUGCAUUUAGACGCGCUUUGAUACAUAAUGUUCAAACAGAAGAAAAUGAAGAUAGACUGAAAAAGAUAUUUGAUUGUUGUGAUAUUGUCUUGUAUUGCUCAGAAAUUGAUUUACUGGAUCAAGUGAUACCACUUACAUUUGUUGAAGAACUACUUGAUUUACAUACAACUGAAGGAUGUGAAAAAAUAUUUGAUUACGUCGAACAAAGGAAGGAUAGAUUGACAGCUAAUAUGGUACCUGGAAAAGGAAAAGGGUUAGUUCUUUUAAGAAUGUGCAACGAAUUACUUCGUAGAAUGUCAAAAGAAAUCAAUACAGUAUUCUGUGGACGUAUUUUAAUGUUUCUUGCCAACUCAUUUCCUCUUGGAGAAAGAUCUGGUGUCAACCUCAGAGGAGAUUUCAAUACAAAUGUUAUUCAUUAUGAUCCAGAUGAAGAAGUGGAUGCAGAUCCAAAUUUGUCAGACGAACAAAAAGCAUUCUAUAAACUCUUUUGGUCUACUCGCGUCUAUUUUGCCAAUCCUCCAUCUGUAUUUUUAGACAACAACUUUGAAAAUCUUCAAAAGGGUACAAAUGGUAUCGUAGAAAAGUUUCAAAAUAUUGCUCAAAAAGAAGCGGAAAUCAUGGGCGCACGUAAUAAAGAAGUGUUAGGUUUAAAACGCCCAAGACCUGAUUACAUGGAUGAAGAUCCAGCAGAAGCAGAGGAGUUGCUAAAUCAAAUUAAUAAUGAAUAUCAAUUCCCGAGAAUACUUAGCAGUAGACGACUGUUAGAUUUGGAGAUGGAGGAUGUUAGAUUUAGGAGAAGUGUCAUUGUUCAAUAUUUAAUACUCUUUCAAUAUCUUUCUGGGUUCUCUCAAGAAGAAAAGGACAAAACUGCAGCAUUAUUAGCAGCAAGGGGCACAACCAAGCAGUCGUUAGUACAACCUAGUUAUGUUCUUUCUGAGGAACAAGUGAAGUGGAUAGAAGAAACUAGAGAAACUUUGAUUGGCUUACUGCGAUCAACAAAGCCUCAUGGAAACUUGUAUACUGAUAUUAUUUUAACUAUAAUAACUCAUGAACGUCAUUGGAUCAUUUGGAAAGCUUCAGGCUGCCCAUCAUUUGAAAAGCCUCCUAUUAGCAUGAGUGAUUUAAAAAGAGCAUGGAAAUCUAAAAAACCAAGGCUGGAAGCACCACCUACAAAAUACAGAUACGCAUACGGUACUUUUGAAAUUUCCAACUUGUAUGGCAAGCAAAUCCCAUCUUUAUCAGAAUUCAUGCUAAAUCGACCUAAACUUCCUACUGCAAUUGAUGUUAUUGACAAGGCAGUGGCCGAGUUACAAGACUCGCUUGAUUCGGCUAAAGAAAGAUUCAAUUAUGCCAAUGGUGCUUUACUCCAGGCAUCUCGGUUAAUUUAUGAUAGCCAUCCUUAUUUAAUACGUAGCGUAUACAGUGCCAAAAAAGAUGUAUACAAGGAAAUGUACGACAAGAUUACGGAUACAAAUCUGGAUGAAGGGCAAACAAAUGACGAAUCAAAACCUGUGACUACUACCACUGCAUCAACCGCACACUUUAUAAUCGGAGAAGAUUUGACAGAAGACCACGUUCAAGCUGAGAUUGAAGUACUGACAAGGGCUAAACAAAUACUCUUGGAAGAAGCAGAAGGCAAAAAGGAAGAACAAGUGAAAAAUAAAUAAUAAUGAUGUAUAUCCAGCUUUCAAUUAUUUUUUUUCUCAUGUAUAAAACACUCUGCUUCCGCGGAAAUGGUCUUCUUUUAUCCUUUUUUCUUCGAUUGGUGUUUCUUUAGACUGUGUUGUUUCGAAAGGAGUUUGAAUACUGUGAAAAAAUUUUCAAACUUUCUGAGAUUUAAAGCGAUUUGAAAAAAGUAUAAAAGAUGCCCAUUAGUUUGGGUUUUUUCUAAUUCUUCGUACUUCCGUCCUAUGCUCAGAUCGG